CCCCGCAGACCAUGCACCGCGGCGGCACCAUCCCCCGCUCGGGCGCGCGCGUUGGCCACCACCCCGUCUCCUAGCCUACACCUCCCUCUCCUCUCGUCUCUUCCCACCUCAGCCCACACGCCCGUACCACCCGAACACCACGACCGCCACUCUCCGCCUCGCGCCACCACCACCGGUCUUUAAAACUUGAGCUCCACGCCUCGCAAAGUCGUAACCAUACCUUGGAGAAGCGCCACUGCGGUCUCGUCCUCCCUUGAAAACCUCACACCCCGACCCCCUCCUCCUUACUUAAACUCGGCGUUGCGUCCGGUUACUUUUGCGCCUGUCACCUGUGGAAGUACGGCACGUGAAAGGCUGAGCUAGCUGCUGCAUGCAUGCGAUGGCGCGCGCUGGGCACGACCACUUCCCGUUCCUCGCCUCGCCCCCGGGGCCCCCGCCGGUGAGGGAGAGGGACAGGAGCCCGUCUCUCGCCGAGAUGCUCAGCCUCGUCGGCGCGGCUACCGUCGACCCGGCCGCCGCGGAUGACGACGGUUCCGCUUCCGUAUUCUCCCUUCCGGUUCCGGUCCUCACCACGCCUGGCCACGGUGCGGUGGGCGUCGGCGACAACGCGGGCGCAGCGGCGAUCGGGCGGACCAUCCAGUUCCGCCUGGCGUUCACCAACCUGACCUACAGCGUCCGCGCCAAGAACCGCGCGCGCUCCGGCGGGAGCGGCGGGAUCCGCCUGCCCCUGCAGAGCCGCUGCGACGUCACCGCGGCGCUCGACGCGCACGCGGCCGGCACGAGGGUGCUGCUGGACGGCAUCUCGGGGGAAGCGAGGGAGGGUGAGAUCCUGGCCGUGAUGGGCGCCAGCGGCUCCGGUAAGUCCACGCUCAUCGACGGGCUCGCCAACCGCAUCUCCCGCGACGCGCUCAAGGGCGCCGUCACGCUCAACGGCGAGCCCCUCACCGGCAACAUCCUCAAGUCCAUCUCCGCGUACGUCAUGCAGGACGAUCUGCUGUUCCCCAUGCUCACCGUCACCGAGACGCUCUCCUUCGCCGCCGAGUUCCGCCUCCCGCGGGUGCUGUCCCCGGCCAAGAAGCGCGCGCGCGUGCAGGCGCUCAUCGAACAGCUCGGCCUCAGCUCAGCGGCCAACACCAUCAUCGGUGACGAGGGCCACCGCGGGGUGUCCGGAGGCGAGCGCCGCAGGGUCUCCAUCGGCACUGACAUCAUCCACGAUCCGAUCCUCCUGUUCCUAGACGAGCCGACGUCGGGGCUCGACUCCACCUCGGCGUUCAUGGUGGUCAAGGUGCUCCGCUGCAUCGCCGAGAGUGGCAGCAUUGUCAUCACAUCCAUCCACCAGCCGAGCCAGCGCAUCCUCGGCCUCCUGGACCGUCUCAUCCUUCUCUCCGGCGGCCGCACAGUCUUCAGUGGGACACCCUCCGCCCUUCCGAGCUACUUCGCCGAGUUCAACUUCCCGAUCCCCGACGACGAGAACCGCGCCGAGUUCGCGCUCGACCUGAUCCGCGAGUUUGAGUCGUCGCCGACGGGGACCAAACCGCUCGUCGACUUCCACCGCACAUGGCAGCGGAUGCACGCGCCGAGCAGCGGCUCGGCAGACGCUGAUCAGUGGGUGCCCACGAUGUCGCUGAAGGAGGCCAUCAGCGCGAGCAUUUCGCGCGGGAAGCUGGUGUCCGGCUCGGAUGUGGUCGGGGAGGCAGCGUCAGUGCACACCUACGCGAACCCGUUCUGGGUGGAGAUGAAGGUUCUGACGAAGCGGUCGGCGAUCAACACCCGGCGCAUGCCGGAGCUGUUCCUCAUCCGGCUCGGCGCCGUGGUGGUCACCGGCUCUAUCCUCGCCACAGUCUUCUUCCGCCUCGACCAGUCGCCCAAGGGCGCACAGGAGCGGCUCGGCUUCUUCGCCUUCUCCAUGUCCACCAUGUUCUACACCUGCGCCGACGCGCUGCCGGUGUUCCUUCAGGAGCGCUACGUCUUCCUGCGGGAGACCGCUUACGGCGCGUACCGGCGCGCCUCCUACGUGCUCUCCAACGCCAUCGUCUCCUUCCCGCCGCUCGUGGUCCUCUCCCUCGCCUUCGCCUUCACCACCUUCUUCGCCGUCGGCCUCGCGGGCGGCGCGUCAGGGUUCGCCUUCUACACGCUGGCCAUCCUGGCGUCCUUCUGGGCUGGGAGCGGCUUCGUCACGUUCCUCUCGGGAGUCAUCCCGCACGUGAUGAUCGGGUACACCGUCGUCGUCGCCAUCCUCGCCUACUUCCUGCUCUUCAGCGGUUUCUUCAUCAAUCGGGACAGGAUCCCCAGCUACUGGAUAUGGUUCCAUUACCUGUCCCUGGUCAAGUACCCGUUCGAGGGCGUGCUGCAGAACGAGUUCGGCCGCAGCGGCGAGUGCUUCGCGCGGGGCGCGCAGAUCUUCGACAGCUCGCCGCUGGCGGCGCUGCCAGACGCCGUGAAGGCCCGGUUGCUGGCCUCGAUCAGCUCGGCCCUCGGGGUGGGGAUCCGCGCCGACACGUGCGUGGUCACGGGGCCCAGCGUGCUGCAGCAGGCGGCGGUGACACAGCUGGGCAAGUGGGAGUGCCUGCUCGUGACGGCGGCGUGGGGAUUCCUCUUCCGGCUGUUCUUCUACUUCAGCCUCGUGUUCGGCAGCAAGAACAAGAGGAGGUGAUCGCGCUGCCACGGACUUGUAUAUUUGAAUGUUCGAACCGUCGAAGCUCGCCAUGGAAGAAAGCAAGAGUGCAAAAGGAAGUGAACGAAGACGUAGCACGUAGUCGAUCAACUAGGUGGUGAUUGUUCAUGUUUUUUGUUUGUUUGUUUCAACUUCUUCUUUAUCCGGUGACUGGUGAUUUGAUAGCUAAUUAAAUAAGUGGAUUUGCAUGUAUACACAUGCAUGCUUGGAUCCGUUGUAAGAAUAUUUUAUAUAUUCAAUAUGGCCCGUUUAAUUUA